AUGGAGCGAAAUCCUUCCUCAUCCUCCAAACCAACCAACAACGAUCGCGCCGAGAACGAGGAGACGAUCGAAGAGGACUACUGGCCCAACAUUGAGCGCUACUUCGAACCCAUCUGCCAGAUCAACCGGCUCCAGGUCCCCAACCUGCCCGAGAACCAGGUCGGCGAGGACGGCAGGCCCACUAACGCGGACAUGAUGGAGUAUCCCAAAAUCCUCCCGUGCGGCCACGUCCUUGGCGACGCCUGUCUCGCUCGCUGGAUGGUUGCUGCCGAGGAGGAGGGCGGCGAGCCCAUAUGUCCUAUCUGUAACAGGCUUGGCCCGUAA